AUGGGGGACCAACAGCUCAGCAGCAACCAUGGCAGCCUGGAGUCACAGGGCAGAGCAGCCGGGAGUCCGAAGGAGGAUGACUUAAGUCCCAAGAUUUCUCUGUCUGACAAACUCCGUGUUCACAGCUCUAAGAGCCAUGAUCUGGACAACGUGGUGGUGCAUUUCCCAGCACCCCAGGAAGACGUGCUCCCCAAGCCAAUGUCCAUACAGGAGCUGGUGGAAAGCAGAGACAUGGAUGUUGCCAUGGUGGAGAAAGAGAAGGUGCUGGAUGAAGAAAUAGAAGCUAGGGCGACUCAGAUGAGUCGGCUGUCCAUCUCCAAGCGGCCCCCUAGAACCCCUGGGGUCAGACUGUGCAGGAAAAGAAGGCUCGCGGAUUUGGCCAAACCCAAGACCAACUGGCAAGUUAUAAGGAACAGGCCCUCCGUGUAUUGGUCCGAGCAGUUCCUCAAAGAUUCCACUUUGUCCGUCACGGUACCAGUCGUCAGCCAUCGAAUGGAGGAGUUGUCUCGGCCAAAGAGGUUUUUCUCAGACUAUUACAACAACUCCAGAAAGUCUCCCAUCUGGACUGUGAGUCGACCUGCCCUGGAAUAUCAUGCAUCCAGACGUCUGAAGGAACUUGCCAUCCCCAGAAUUCGGAAAAACAUCUGGAGCAUUAACAUGUGCCAGGUGUCUCAGGUGUCCAAGGCAGCGAGGAAGGCCAUCCCUAGUCCAAGGAUCCUCCGACUGGCAAAGCCCCGGCCCCCGGCCACGAUGUUGGAAGAGUGGAACCCUAUACCGAAACCCAAGCCUUAUGUGUCGGACUACAACCGCCUCCUUCAAUUGGCCACACCCAAGGCCCUGCCCGAAACUUGUGUCCCUGAUCGGGACCCUCGCUGGGUAGUCCCCAGCGUCACCAAGAAGGCGGUGGCUACCGCCCGAGUGGUGUCCCUGGCCCAGCCGAAAAUGCGCAAGGACUUAAAUACGGAUCGCGACCCUUACCAAGUGUCCCCUGCGUCCUUAGUGGCAAAGGCCACCCCUCGGGUCCAGGAACUCGCCACCCCCAAGAGUAUCACCAGGAAAGUUUGAGCGGCUGGCCCGCCCCUCCUGUGACUCCCUUUUCCAGUAAACACCCAAGUGCACCCAUGUAGAGGUCUGAAGGGAUGACUUGCGGGGGUUGAGGGGAGCUGGGAGGCCCGUGAUGGAGGAGCCGCUGGAAAA